AUGGAAGUUAACCUGAUACUGUCGAUUAGUGUCUACGUCGUCUUGAGUCGGGCCAUGUUAGCGGAGGGGCGCAGCUUCAACGUUUCCGUGCCCGAAAAUGCUACAGUCGGGACAGAGGUUGUCGGCAUGCGACAAUGGCUGGGAAAUCAAAAAGCGGAACUUCCGUGUGUGAAGACGGAGGGAGAUCCGUACGGCAGGUUCCUUCUGACUAAGGCGUGCACCCUUGUGGUGGCCAAUCCCCUGGACUGGUCAGUACAGUCGGAAUACACCAUCAAGAUUCGCGUCGGGGGUGGUCGAGAAGUCAGGAGUGUGUCGAUACAGGUUACCGACGUCCCGGGCUAUCCUCCCGUGUAUAACGAGACGUGUGAAACUCCAGUCAACCCCAGAGGGAAGGACACCGGAGAAUUUUUGUUCCGAGCUGACUUCAGCAUGGAAGCCGAAACAGAUACUGGAGACGUGUUUGCCGUCAGAACGACAUUCAGCAAGCCUCUUGAAAAGUGGGAUUCUCUGACGCCAUUUUUUGAAGCAGAAACCAGCAAUUGCCAGUUUUACCAGAUACGGUUCGUUCGUAACCUGAAUGAUUUAGUAGCUGCAGAGCAGCUGUGGUUUGGCAAUGCGCGUAACCUAUCUUGUCUUGCAGACGACAAUGCCAAACUUUUCAUUAAUCUGUUCGAUGAAGAAUCUGUGGAUGAGAAUCUCAACUUUAUGUACAUGACAACUUUGAUAUUUCCUACAAAGAGCACAGUACGGUUUGUUUGCCAAGUUCCGCCAUUUGGUGAACCAUUCAGAAUAGGCACACCCCCAAACCCAACAAAACUUGUACAUGUACAGUCGUUAAACAUAGCAGUCCAUCCGCAAGGCUGUCCUGUGGCUAAGUAUGGGGUACUCUGCUUGAAAAACUGUACCUGUAAGAACGGCGCAAGCUGCCACGGGUUCAAUGGGGCGUGUAAAUGUCAACACGGCUGGCAAGGUGUAGCCUGUGACAUUCCGAAACCUGGCAUUGCUGCAACAGCGACACCUAGCGAUUCAGCGGCCAUUUACAUUUCCAUUAACGUGACGAUUCAUUGUCAUGUGUACCACAUUGAUGUCGAAACCUUAUCGCUACGGUUUCCAAAUGCAUCUGAGAUCAUUACUAAAGGUGUAAAUCAAUUAGACAUAAAUGUUAUCAACGCACAGUUACAGGACGAAGGUCUCUAUACGUGUCAGGCUCGAGACAAGGACGGAAAGGUCUUCAAUACAACAAUUGUGUUAAACAUCAACUGUCUACUAAAUAGAAAAGGCGAACUCUGUGAUGAAGUGUGUGAUUGCCUACAAGGUGCCAGCUGUGACCGGUGGGCUGGUUGUGUCUGUCCGCCGGGAUGGAACGGAACCAGGUGUCAGACACAAUGUCCGGAGGGCACGUACGGUAAAGACUGUAACAAGACCUGUGACUGCCAAAAUGGGGCGAGCUGUAGCCCUGACGACGGCAGGUGUAACUGCACGGCCGGCUGGUACGGAUCAAACUGCGACGGAGCCUGUCCCAAAAGCAGGUACGGUUGGCGGUGCCGGCAGGUCUGCAGCUGUAAGAACAACGCCACCUGUCACCACGUGGACGGCAGCUGUGCGUGUGUGCCACCGUGGGGAGGGAGGAACUGUGACAAACUUCACGUCACUCAUACUCCAUCGCUGGUUGAAAUCCUUGUCCCUCUAGGCUUCGUACUCCUAGUUGUUACCGUGGUACUAAUCGUGCUGUAUAAGACAGGUCGCAUUAUGAAACACGACGAGCACGAAGUCGAAGUUCUUCGUGAGCUCAGGCGUGUGGAGGAGGAUCUAGCACAGAGGCUACAGCCGGGCUGGCUCAGACGUUGGGAGAAGAAGAUCAGCCAUCUUACUCCAGGUGACCUAAUAGGGGAAGGAAUGUUUGGGCGGGUGAUACAAGCGCAGCUUCGCACACCUGAAGAGGAUAUCACCGUGGCCGCCAAGACUGUCCGUUCGGAAGAUCCACAGACCUACCGAGACUUUUACCGAGAAGCCGCCAUUCUAGUUGUUGUUCAUGAAGAGAAAGACCACGAUGUUCGAAAUUCAAACAUUGUCCAGCUCUUAGGCAUGAUCACCACGUCUAAAGAAAAGUAUAUUCUUCUGGAGUAUUCACCAACAGGAGACCUUUUGUGGGUCCUUCGGCAGUUUAGAGAGGACGAUGAGGACGACCAGGCUGACCUUCUUGAUCGUUUUCUACGAUACGCAGUGCACGUGGCACGAGCGCUAGGAGAACUGGAACGUCUGCGCAUCGUACAUCGUGACGUGGCCACUCGGAACGUCCUGAUCACGGUGGACGAUGUGGCUAAGCUAGCCGACUUCGGCCUGGCACGAGACGUACACGUGUACACCACUGCUGAUGACGCCUCGACGAGUGAUGACGAAUGUCACAGACUCAUUCCGCUGAAGUGGAUGGCGCUGGAGUCCAUCGAGACCGGCAAGUACACCUGUCAGAGUGACGUCUGGUCCUUCGGCGUGCUGCUGUGGGAGAUCGCCACGCUGGGGAAAGAUCCGUGCUAUAAUGGCAGGUUUCAGCUGAGCUUCCUACAGAUGUUAGGGAUUUUGAGGCAAGGCAUACGGAUGGAGAGGCCGCCGGGAUGUCCAGAGGAUUUGUACCGACUGAUGAGGUUGUGCUGGCGCGAGGUUCCAGCUACAAGACCCACUCCAGAUGGGAUAGAAAAGAGGCUGCUGCAACUGCUCCCAUAUGACGCCAUUGAAAUGGAGACUGCGCUAUAG